UCGUCUUUAGUUUUCGCCAUUUUGCUAUCUUCUCUCGAAUCCUCCCAACGCUUCUUUCCCUCGUGUUCGCUUCUUCUUGUGUUACCCUUCGUCAUGUCAAAAUUUGGCGACAGCGAAGCCGAGGAAGACUCUUUAGAUGAAAGUCUCUCAGAAAAAAGCGACGGCGACGAGGACGAAGACGAAGAAGACGACGACGGUGAAGAGGAAGACGAAGGUCGGCCGGAUGAUGCGAACGACAUCAUAAAUGACGAAGAAGAAGAAAGCGGCGGAGACGAAGAAGAUUCUCAUCACGGACAUCAUCAUAGAAAACGUAGAAAGGAUGAGGCCGAAGAGCUGGACGAAGAAGAUUUGUCUUUGAUCGAAGAGAACUUAGGCAUCCGUUUACAGCGGAAAAAGCCUCGUUUAAAGAAAGUGAAAUUGCUUGAUUCUGAUGAAGAAGAGGAGGAACAGGCUGCUGGUGAUUCUGCAGUGACUCAGCGAGAAGCAAUUGCUAAUCAACUCUUUGAGGGUGGUGAAGAUGCUGGUGAGGUUCAAGCAGAACCAGUCCAGCCUGAAGCUGAUGAUACAUAUGCAAACAUAGAAGACUCUGAAUCAGAUGAAGAUGAUGUGGAUGAUUUCAUUGUGGAUGACGAUGGGAACCCUAUAAAUAAACAUUCCAAGAAAAAGCGAAGACUUCCCGGAACAGUGCGAGACUCUGCUCUUAUGGAAGCUCAAGAUAUCUUUGGUCUUGACUUUGAUUUUGACGAAUUUGAGAAGUAUGGAAGAGAUGAUUUCUUGUCAGAAGAGGAUGAGGAUGAAUAUGAAGAAGAGGAUGAAGAAGAUGGUGCACUAAGAAGACCAAAAAAGAAGUCAACCAAGAAAUCCAUUUAUGAAGUAUUUGAACCAAGUGAGCUUGAGAAAGGAAUGUUAACCAACAAAGACAAUGAAAUUAGAACUGCAGAUAUUCCUGAAAGAUUUCAGGUAUGCUGCAAGAAAUUGAUUAUUUGUUUUGAAAAGGUGAAGCUUUACGUACUUACUGUAAGGGAUGUAAUAUAUGAAAAACACAAGACACAGUUUAUAAUAAUUUCAACUCAGAGAAGAGAGUUGAACAUAUGA